AUGUUCAAGCUACUGUACUGUCUACCUCUGCUCGCUAUAGCCGUGGCUGGUAACUAUUAUGUCCCAUCCUACGGGGGCUUAAAAGGAAAUGUCCUCCUUGGAAACCAAGGAUAUGGAGGAAUUAGUUCUUGGGACAGUGGGUAUGGUGGAUCAUGGAAUACCGGGCUCAUUUUAGGAGGAAAAGGAUUAAUGGGCGGUAACUAUGGUUACCCUGGAUAUGGAGGAGUCUUGGUAGGAGGAAAAGGAUUAAUGGGCGGUAAAAGUAUGGGAGGAAUUAUCCUUGGAGGCAAAGGAUUAUGGGACAGUGGUUAUGGAAACAUUGGAUACGGAGGAGUUUUGUUGGGAGGAAAGGGAGUACUCGGCGGAAAUUACGGUGCUAAAGGAAUUGGAGGAAUUGUCCUUGGAGGCAAAGGAAUGUGGGGAAGUAACCUUGGUGCGGGAUAUGGAGGAAUCUACUCUGGUGUAGGAAUCAAGGAUUAUUAUUGAAAACCUGGAUGAACGUAUUUACGCUGAUAUUGGCAAUGUCAUUUUUCUAUAUUACGAAAUAAAUCAU